AUGCAUCGCGCUCUACUAGUCGACGAUAUCGUUUACGCCAUCUUGCAAAAUGUCACGUCGUCAGCGACGGACAUCAUAAACUUUGCAAGCACUUGCUCUGCGGUCUCUCCUCCUGCCCUCAAUAUACUCUGGCGUAGACAGUCGAACCUGGGACCCCUCAUCAUGUGUCUGCCUCAAGACACCUGGGAAGUCAGAGAUGACAAUGUUAUUCACCUUUCCCGCGAGCCGCUACCCACGGAAUGGGACCGCGUCAGAAUGAACGCGUCUAGAAUACGCCACAUUUUUGGAAACCCCAGUGGCACCCAUUCCAAGCUCCCCCCGAAGCCGCAUCGCCGUAUCCUACAACGACUUUUCGCCUUGCUUCCGCCCACUUCGCUCUUCCCCAACCUCGUCAAAUUGGAUUUCGAAACAGUGUUUGAUCUUGCGGAGUUCAGUUCAGACUUCCGACUACUUCGCCAGUUCCUCUCGCCCGGAUUAGAAACGCUUGCCUUUUCGGUACCGCCAGACGUCCCGGCCCAUGAGGUGGAGCAAUUGGUUGAUGCCUUUCCGGCAGAAGCGCCCGGCCUGCGGCAAUUAGUGAUAUCCGCCGAUCACGGUGGUUCGCCUUGCUACAUCGACCUACCUCUUAACAAACUGAAAAAGUUAAAUCUGCUGGCCGUAAUCCGCAACGUGUCUUUGACGAGGCAUACCAUUGCUGAAAUUGGACGCUUGCGUUCUCUACAAGUCCUGGCACUUACUUUAUAUAAAGGAUCCGGCCUUCUGGAGGAUUCACGAUUGACGGAUAUGCCACUUGAAUUGUGUGCCCUCGACUGCCUCAUGCUUGUUGCUGAUCGCAUGCAACUCUGCACAUCCUUCCUUCUUCGCGUUAGCACCCCAAAAUUAUCAAGCAUCGGCAUCAAGUACACUAAAUAUGCUGCACCGGAAGAAGUCGGCAAGCUCGUAUUAUCCGUGCACUCGUCUUGCCGAUCCUUCGCACUCGAAGAGAUCACUAUUCAAAGUUACAACUGCACCCCACAUCAAGAUCUUUACCUCCACAGCGAACUCCCUUCCCACCUUUUCCGACCCUUACUCAAGUUCAGAAGGCUGAAGACUGCCAAGUUCAUAGACAUGGGAAAAUACUGUCUUGACGAUGCUUUCAUCGAGGAUGCUGCGGUUGCUUGGUCGGAUAUUCACGAGUUGCGGUUUGCCUCAAAAGAAACGGUCACUUCAACGGUCACCUUUGCCGCAAUGCUUUCAUUGGCCUCGCGAUGUAGAUCGCUAGGUAACCUACAUUUAACCUUCGAUGCCACCCAAAGGCCGACGCUCCCCCAUUGCAUGGAGACCGAGCACGCACCGGACGGAAACCCGAAUUUUUGGCUCAAGCAAACCACUCUCCAAAAGCUGCAUGUCGGACACUCGAAGGUAUCGGAAGCGGCACUUGCCCCGUUCGUCCUGGCUGUGGUAUUUCCCAAUCUAGUUGAUAUCACCUCAUAUCAAACGCCCGGUGUUUUCGAUGAUUUGCAGUGGGACCAGGUAGCAAGAACACAUCGACAACUGGUGAACCUUUGGGAGGAGGAUUCAGGCAUGCCAGACUCCUUGCCGAACUUCGUAGUACAGUCUAUGUUGGAGGACAACUUGCCGUCAGGAUCAUAGGAGGUCUCCGUGUCAAUCGGGAUGCACUACUAGUGACCAAAUAGUGACUGUGGUAUACAUCUGUACAUUCUGUAGGCUUAUAUGCCAUUCCUUGUAACACGCAACAAAUGUAAAUCA